AUGAAGGGAGUAAAUGAGCUACCAAUAGUCAAAACAUAAGUUACUCGAAUUUUUGAAUUGAAUUAAAUGAAUAAAAAAUGUUAUUACUAAUAGCAAUUUAUUAAUUCAUCAUUUAUCUACGUUAUAAAAGGUAAUAAUUAAAGAAAAAAAAAAGAUUCUCGUAAAGAAAUCGUAAAAUUAAAAAAAAUGGAAUCCUAAUUUCUUAUUUAUGGAUCUUUUAUUUCAUGUUGAUAUUUUUAAAAAUUAUAAUAAUUAACAAUGUUCAGAUUAUUAUUAUGUAGCUAACAGUGCAUAUUUCAUAUAAUAUUAUGAAUGCUUUUUUAAGAGAUUAUUUUUCUAAUAAGUUCUUUCUUACAUAUCUAUCGAAGGUAACUUCAUUUUCAGCAAAAAUUCUUUUCCGUGAUUAUACGUUUAGAUCAAUUGUUUUAAAUUAUUUACAUAAUAAUUAUCCCAUAGUUAUCAAAAAUAUAUAAUACAUGUUAUAAAGAAUAUCUUUUUUAAUGUCAGUAACCUUUAACUGCGAUUGUUUCGAAAUCGAUAGUUUGUCACCAUGAUAUGAUUCACAAGACAUAACAUAGUAUUAUAUUUCUAUUCUUUAUAUUCUUUGACAUUUACAAGUAUUUCUUGUACGUACUAUGAAGAAUUGUGUAUAUUUUGAAUAAUUAAGUAUAAUAAUUUUGAUACCUUUCAAUAAAAUCAGAAGGAAUUGAAUUUUUCUUGUGAUUAUAUAGAUAAUGUUUCUUGUAAUUAUGUAGAUUUUUUAACAGAAAAUAAUUAAUCUUAUAAUUAUAUAUUUUAUUCUUUAAUUUUAAUAAAAUAUCUUUUUAUAAAAAUACCAUUAUUUACAGAUAAAUAUGGCAAAGAAUUCAUUGUCAGAGCAAUUCUCCUUGAAAUGGAACAAUUUUUCUAAUAAUUUAACAUCUGGUUUUUUAAGUCAUCUUACUGAAAACGAUCUAGUUGAUGUUACGCUUGCAGUAGAGGGUCAGUUAUUACAAGCACACAAAUUAGUUCUAUCAGUAUGUAGUCCGUACUUCAAAAAUAUAUUUAAGGAAAAUCCUUGUCAACAUCCAGUAAUUAUUCUUAAGGACAUAAAGUAUACUGAAAUAGAGUCAUUAUUGAAAUUUAUGUAUCAAGGUGAAAUUAAUAUCAAUCAAGAAGAUUUAUCUACUUUCCUAAAAGUGGCACAAACAUUACAAAUAAGAGGACUCACAACAGAAGAUACAAGUAGCACAAAUUCGUUUUCUAGUUGCGAUAGUCAAUUAGAUAUUGAUUCUAAUGUUCAAAAUAUUGCUCAAUCAAAUUUAAGUACAAUAAAUAAAACUUCCAAAGAUAUAGAAAUGAUAGAUAGAAGAAAGAGAUCACGUGAUAUAACAAAAAAGAGUUACAAAAGAAAAAAACAGAAUACAUCAGUAAUAUCAGAAAACACUCAUGAUGUAUCUAAUGAAAACAAGGAUGAUGAUAAUCAGGAAAUCCUGUUUUUAACAAGUGAAGAAGAGAAUAUUGAUAUUCCUACUGCAAAAAUUAAUGAUAGUGAUAGAAGCGAAGAUAAUACUUUACCACAUUUUUCCUUGAAUACUGAAAAUUUAAGAGAAAAUUCAACUCAGCAAGGUAGAGAAUUUAUAAAUACCUAUUCUAUGAAUGAUGUUGAACCAGUGAUUUACAGACUUUCUGCACGAGGUCGGCCACAAUUAGUCCAUGAAGGGUAUGUUUAUAAUUUGACUUCUCGCUCUGAGGGUUUGAAUAGAUCUCACUACAGAUGUGCUGAACAACAUCGCGGUUGUAAAGGUAAAUGUGCGGUUAUCGCUGAAAGAUUUAUGCCUACAGGUGUACAUGAUCAUAAUCAUCCACCUGGGUAUCAAUCAGAACACGAUUACAGAAAAAAGAAAGGUUUAGAUUUAGAUGCCGCUUAA